ACUUUAACCUGAUCAGCACUUAAGAAACACAUUAAAUGACGGAAUUCAUUCCUACACCAUAUCAUGAAACGCAUUAAAUGACGAAAUUCAUUCCUAGAUAAGGAAGAAAACCCCAGGGAAGUAAACCCCUUUUCUCCCAUUAUACGACUCUUGCUUACUGCACUCAAGGUAAUGGCUCCAAGUAGAAUGGGAUUAAACGAUUUUCCAGAUUCCUUACUGUGUCUGAUACUGACUAGAGUUCCUUUGGAUCAAGCAAUUCGUUGUUCUGUGCUUUCUAAGAGAUGGAAAUUGCUUUGGAGGUUCUUACCCAUCCUAGAUUUUUCAGAUGAUAUGCUUUAUUCAUCAGCCCGCUUACCUUCAGCCCGCUUACCUGAAAUCCAAAACAUAAUUGAUGGUAUUCUUAAGUUGCAUUCUGUAUCUCUCGAGGCUUUUGAUUUUCAUGGAGUAUUUACCUCCUCCAUUUCAAGUGCAAAGAUUGACGAGUGGAUUCACCAUGCUGCCCUGAAAGAUGUGACAAAGCUGCGUCUCCAAUUUCGUAGAGUGGUUGCGGUUCCGACUUCUGUUUUUACUUGCUGCAAGCUCAGAUCUUUGACUCUCAUGAAUUUUAGUCUCGAAAAUAUGCAUGGCUCCUUUUCUGGCUUUCCCUGCCUCGUAUCACUCUUUUUGGUCAACAUUAAACUAAAUGACAAGACCUUGGAGCUAAUGUUGCCAUUAUGUCCAGUUCUCAGAGGUUUAUUCGUACUUGAUUGCCAUGGGCUUCAGAGAGUAAAAAUAUGCUCCACCAGUCUUCUUCUUCUCAAACUUGAUUUCCCACCCUCAUGUAAUGAAAUCAAAGCAAUAACAGCAAAAUGCCCACGGCUGUGCAGCCUUACAAUACAAAUCAUGCAUCAUGUAGAAAAGAUGGAAUUUGAGUUGCCAAUAUGUUCAGAUUUGUCGACAACAGUUUCAAGACUAGAGCCGUUUACAGCCCUAAAAUCACUAAUGAAGGUGGCAUUUUUAAAUGGGAUUUACGAGGGUAAUGUUAGCAACCUACACCAAUUUCCAUAUUUAACGCAGAUUUGCAUCGACAACGCUAGAUAUCUUGCACGGUGCAGAACAUUUCAGGGGCUGCUCCAUUGCUAAAAAAUCUAGAGCAAGCUCAUCUUAAUGUCGCCUCACUUAAUGACGCUAUACCUUUGCUUGCCUAUCUUCUUCAACAUGCUCCUGCCAUGAAAACCCUAAUAGUAUCCCGCCAGCAAGGAUUCGAUGGCGCUCUCGAAUUUGUGAACAUGCUGUUUAACCUUCCCAGAGCAUCAAAGGAAGCCAAAAUUCUCUUAUCACUAAAAAAUUUUAAAGGAAGCGAGUGACCUCAACUGUCAUAUGAAGAUAUUGCAGUAAAAUGGACGCGUAGAUAAUGGAGACACAGAACUUAAGCGAGCAUCAAUGGGGAGUUUUUUAAGCUCUUGCAUUUACAGAGUUUUUUUUUUUUUUAAAUGUAAAGAGAUUUCUACAAUUCGUAAGAGAUUUCAGGAUUUUAAAGAUUUUCGAAAAUUUUGAAAACACAAUUUAAUCUUUAGAGAGCUUUUGAUUUUUUUUAAUAGAAGGGUGGAUAAACGUUGAAGAACUCUGUUUGAAUCCCUUGUCAAUUCAGGGAACUCUGUUUUCGUCUAGGAACAUGUGCAAUGAAACACAAGGUUUUUUUAAGGGCUUGUCACAGCCUUUUUAACCUCCUCUUGUUAAUUGUCUCUCUAUCCUCCUUCUGCAUGAGGUGGCUGAAAGAGUCCACGAUUGCCAAUGCCAGGGCUGAGCAUUGGGCCAUCUGGUUUUUGGCUUUAGGGAAUCUUUGGUUUAAACUAAGCAGAUUUAUUUUUUGGCUUCUCAUCCAUCGAUAUCUGUCCCUCUCACCAAUCUAGAAUUGCUUCCUGCUAUUAUGCAAUGCUCUGUCUAGAAUUCCUUGAUGAUUAUUAUCAGUAUUACUUUUAGUUACUGCAAGGCAAUGUUUA